CGUGACUAUACCCGUGACUAUAAUUAAAAUUUAAUUUUUUCAACUCCCUUAACUUAAUUCGCAACGGCAUUAUGUACGGAUAAUUUUAGUCACGGCCAUAUCCGUGACUAGUUCCGUGACUACUUUGAUUAACACGUCAUUUACACGUCAUUAACACGUGUUGGACGCGUAUUGGACACGGUUUUGCUUAGUGACGGACAAAUCCGUGACUAAGUCCGUGACUAAAUUUUUUAUAUAUGCAGGAGCAGCUCAUUGAACAGAACCACACCAAUUCAUUCCCAGUAUAUACAGUAUCCGUUUGAAAGAUCGAAGGAUGUAGUCUAUCUUCUAUCAUUUUCCCUGUUUAUGCAGAUAAGCGUUUUGGAUGCGGCAUCCCUCCGGAGACUACAAGAGUCUGUUCCCAUUCUGAUGUGUAAUCUGAAAAAAAUAAUGCCACCAUCGUUUUUCGAUACAAUGGAACAUCUCAUAAUACAUCUUCCGUAUGAGGCUUUGACUGCUGGGCCCGUCUUCUAUCGGUGGAUGUACAGAUUUGAAAGAUUUCUAGGAGAGCUGAAAAAGAAAGUGACCAACAAGGCACACGUUGAGGCUUCAAUUUGUCAAGCGUAUCUUCAACAAGAAAUCUCAACGUUCUCGUCUUUUUACUUCGAGCGUGACGUCAUCACCAGAAGGAAGAGACCUGCCCGGAACGAUGACAUUGGCGAGGAUUUAUAUGAAAAUGUAGUUUCCAUCUUCAAUUACCCAGGCAGAGGUAAAGGUGCUGCGACACAACGAUACAUCCUGGGUGGGGAAUUGCAAAUUGCGCAUACUUAUAUCCUCAUGAAUUGUCCAGAAAUCUCACCAUUUUAUUAUGAAUUCCGAGCUUCUUUAUCAGCCUUUCCUGAGAAUGAAAUUGAUGCGUUGGUGGACUCUGAUUUUGUAAAUUGGUACAAGUAUCAGAUCAAUAGUCGUGGGAUUGUCGACCCUUUGUUACUAUCAUUAGCGUGGGGCCCAAGUGCCAGUGCCAAAGUGUGGCGGCAAUAUGUGAUAAACGGUUACACAUAUCACACAGCCGAUUACGGACAUGGUCGACCAACA